AUUCGGCGGCAGUCUCUUCUUCGUCCUCGGAAACCCUAGUCUUCGUCGAAGCACUUCUUUCAUUCACCAUGGGGAAGACACGUGGUAUGGGAGCUGGUCGCAAGCUGAAGUCUCACCGUAGAAGACAAAGGUGGGCUGAUAAGGCAUAUAAGAAAUCCCACCUUGGCAAUGAAUGGAAGAAGCCAUUCGCUGGGUCUUCCCACGCCAAAGGCAUUGUCCUUGAGAAGAUAGGUAUUGAGGCUAAGCAGCCAAACUCUGCCAUCCGAAAAUGUGCUAGGGUUCAGCUGAUUAAGAAUGGGAAGAAGAUUGCUGCUUUUGUGCCGAAUGAUGGUUGCUUAAACUACAUAGAAGAGAAUGAUGAGGUGUUGAUUGCUGGAUUUGGGCGUAAGGGUCAUGCUGUCGGAGAUAUUCCUGGUGUUAGAUUCAAGGUUGUGAAGGUCUCAGGUGUCUCUCUUUUGGCCCUCUUCAAGGAGAAAAAGGAGAAGCCAAGAUCUUAAUUUGCUAGAGGAGAUCGUCUCCUUCCUAUUAUUUUGCUACCUUUUUUUCCAAGUUAUGUAACUGUACUUCCCCAGUUUUGAUUGGAUUUUGUUGGUGAUCUACUAUCUAUCCUCCUAUUGAGGUACUGGAAAUUGCGGAAUGGAUAUUUAAUGUUAGACUAUCAUUACUUGCAAAUUGCCAAUCCUCCCAAUAUCCCCGUCUCUCUCUCAUGAGCACACAGACUGAUGCAGGAGUUUCAUUGAUCUCGAUAUGAGCAGGCAAGGAUGGGCUCCUGCAAAAGAGAAAAAAAAAUAGUUGCUUGCAU